CGUCCGGCGCCGAUCCUGGCCCUCUCGGGCCGCGCGUCCAGCCCCUUCCCGGUGCCCGUGGCCUGUGCCCCUCUGGCCGGGUUUCCCGCCGGGGCGGAGCUUCUCCCGAAGGUUUGUGGAAAUCCGGUCAAGGGAUCCAAGAGUGGAAUGCGCCUGGCCUUUUUGUGACUAAGGAAAGCGUAACAUAGCCCCGAGUCGUGCAUCUGCUGGAGCUGUGCUGUGCAUCCAGCCGCCCCCGCGAGGCCGUGCAGGACGAGUCGGCACCAGGGCUGUGUGCCAGGCCCCGGGGUUGUACUUUCCGCGCCAGCCGCACCCCAUCGAGCUCCUGCAAGUGGGUUUUAGGUGCCUGAAACAUCAACAGCUUUUGGGUGGCUCUGAAGAUUAAAGAGGUUUGGAGGUUGCUAUGUUAAUGCUGCUUGUCUUUGGAGUCCUACUUCAUGAAGUUCCACCGAGUGGCCAAGAGGAGGCGUCUCCUGAGGCCGGCCCCGUGCCAGGAGAGCCCCUGUAUGACUACGCCGGCGUGCGCCUGCCCGAGGAGCACAUUCCCUUCUUCCUGUACAACAACAGCCAUGUUGCCACCCUCUGCAAGAAGGACUCGCGGUGCCCGUACAAGAAACACUUAGGAAAUUUAAAGUCCUGCUGGGGUUAUGAGAAGUCCUGCAAACCAGAGUUUAGGUUUGGUUCCCCUUUCUGCAGCUACGUGGACAUGGGCUGGACAGACACUAUGGAGUCAGCCAAAGACAUCUUCUGGAAACAAGCGGACUUCGGGUACGCCAGGGAGCGGCUGGAAGAAAUGCGAGUGCUCUGUCAGCCGGAGAGGACGGGUGACUCGAGCCUGGUGUGUUCCCGUUACCUUCAGUACUGCAGAGCCACCCAUCUCUACCUUGACUUAAGGAACAUCAAGAGGAAUCACGACAGAUUCAAGGAAGAUUUUUUCCAGAAUGGUGAAAUUGGAGGACACUGUAAACUUGACUCUCGUACAUUGAUGUCUGAAGGUCAGCGCAAAAGCCCCCUGCAGUCUUGGUUUGCUGAGCUACAAAGCUAUACUCAGCUCAACUUCAGACCUAUAGAUAAUGCUGAAUGUGACAUUGUUAUUGAAAAACCAACAUACUUCAUGAAAUUAGAUGCAGGGGUUAACAUGUAUCACCACUUCUGUGAUUUCCUCAACCUGUACCUCACCCAGCACGUCAAUAGCUCGUUCAGCACGGACGUGUACAUCGUGAUGUGGGACACCAGCUCUUACGGAUAUGGUGACCUGUUCUCCGACACUUGGAAAGCAUUUACUGACUAUGACGUGAUACACUUGAAAACUUACGAUUCCAAAAGGGUAUGUUUUAAAGAAGCUGUCUUUUCAUUGCUGCCCCGCAUGAGGUAUGGGCUGUUCUACAACACUCCUCUGAUAUCUGGCUGUCAAAAUACUGGGUUGUUCAGGGCCUUCUCCCAGCAUGUACUGCACAGGCUAAACAUCACACAGGAAGGACCCAAGGAUGGAAAAAUUCGAGUCACCAUUCUUGCCCGGAGCACAGAAUACCGGAAAAUACUAAACCAAAAUGAGCUUGUGAGUGCACUGAAAACAGUAUCCACAUUUGAAGUCCAGAUUGUUGAUUACAAGUAUAAAGAACUGGGGUUUUUGGAUCAACUGAGGAUAACACACAAUACGGACAUAUUUAUUGGAAUGCAUGGAGCUGGUCUUACCCAUUUACUUUUCCUUCCGGACUGGGCUGUGGUCUUUGAACUAUACAACUGUGAAGAUGAGCACUGUUAUUUAGACUUGGCCAGGCUUCGAGGCGUUCACUACAUCACUUGGCGAAGGCAGAACAAAGUCUUCCCUCAAGACAAGGGCCACCACCCGACUCUGGGGGAGCACCCAAAGUUCACCAACUACUCUUUCGAUGUGGAGGAAUUCAUGUCCCUCGUGCUGGGUGCUGCAGAUCACGUCCUGCAGCACCCAAAGUGGCCAUUUAAGAAGCGACGUGAUGAGCUGUGAACGUGUCAGUCUGGUUGCAGGAAGAGGGCCUUGGAACUCUCACGCCGAACACACACUUCACAUCGUCACACAGCCUGCUAUUUCCUCACACAGAUGAACCUUCCUGCGCCAGAAGAUACCUUCAGGACAUUUCAUGUUACACAGACUCUACGUGUUGGGUGUGGUUGCUACGUCGUUGCUAUUUAUCAAUGGCUUAAUAUUUUUGCACUGAAAAAUUUAGUUUUUAUAGUUAAAAUUGGGCCAAGGCUCUCUUGUAUAGUUGAGCUUUCUUCUUCGGAAUACCAAAGUUUUCGAUUUUCUCAGCUUUAGAAUUUUUAAGUGGUUUUGUAAAAUAUCAUGUGAUUAAAAUCCCAGAGUGUUCCAACUUGUUUAUGAUAUAUUUAGGUAACUCCAGAUCCUCUCUUUUACUUGCUGUAAUCUGUUCUUAACACUGAUUGUGGGGGAAAGAAAACACACACAACACACACGCACACACGCACACACGAAUGCAGUGUGAUUCUCAAGUUACAAGACCGUGUUAUAGAUCAGUGUUUAGUCAGCUCCAGGUUCUGUGCAUGCUGCUCUACUAAUUCACAUUCACAUUGCGUAUUCACAUCAUGUUUUCCCAGAAUACUACACGUGAUACAAACCAGUGGGAACAUUCUGCAGUGAUCUGUUGUGUAUUUUACAGCUCGCCUGCACUGACUCCUUCCUAGCUAUGGAGAAUAUUGGUGUUGAGUUUAUAUAUGAAACGGUGGCUUCCUUUAUGCAGUUAUUUGUAACUGCACACAGUAUGUGUGUAUCUACCUCUGUUAGCUUGGAAGGGUCCCAGUCUCUGAUUGUACAAACUUCAAAGUAGCCAAAUGAGAGAAUUUUUCCCUGUAAAAAGUUAGGACUAUAAAAAUGUAGACAUAUAAAUUGUCCAGUCAAAAUGAAAAGAAUAUCUAAAUUAUAGUCCUGUUUUUUGAAUAGGAUUCAUUUUUUUUACUGUUUAUGAACUUACGGUUUAGAAAUUAGAAACUGUGGAUUAUACUGCCCAUUGUGAAGUUUACAUUUUACUAACAUUUGAGUGGCCUAAUUUAGUGACAAAAUAUCUCUGGAUCUUUGCUGAUCCUUGCUUUAAAGGAUUAUGUGUACAUUUCUAGAGUGUAGUAAUAUUUAUUAAAAUAUCUGAAAAGAAAAUAGUGAAUCACUCUAGAAAAAGCUUUGAUUUGGAUCUCAAAACUGUAUAAUAAGAAUUAUAACAUGAAUUUUUAAAUGACAGCUAUUGCUACUGUUCUUGGUGCAGAAUACUGAGUAACUGCUGGGAAAUAUUUCACAGGAAAGGAACUGUAAAGCCCACAUUGCACUUUGAGUCGGGGGGCAUAAACAUCUGAAAAAUUUAUCGGGAAAAAGUUUUAUUAUUUAUCUUCUUACCUCAUUUUACGAAGCACAUAGAAAUGUGACACCAUAGACUAUGGUGAAUUCAGAAACCAAGAACAAUUUCAUAAUAAAACUAUAUUUGAAUAGUUUGCUUUUAAAGAGGAUACAUUUUAUACAAACAAGAAAGUAUACUUGACAUUUUAUGCAAUUAACUUUUAUUGGACAUUUUUUGGUAGGAGCAAAAGAAGGUCCUCAAAUUGUUAUAACAUUUAAAAUGUAAAGACUUUAAAUGUAAAGACUUUUAUGAAGUCUUCAAAGGGGACGCAUUUCAUCAUUUGUACAUUUCGUAUAUGGCUUUGGAAUAAAUCUUUUUAUAUUUCGUUUAAA